UUUCCUGGUUACAGGUUUCUCUUUUUUCUUCUCCACCGUCCUCUCCCUCUCUCGCAGACAUCAUUCCCUGACAACAGCAACGAUGGCGGAACCAGUAGCAUCGGACACGAUAGCAACAGACGCAGCAUCUCCAUCUCCGACCCCGGCUCUUUCUCCGGCUGUGAGCCCCGGCUCCGAGCCUCCAUCAAUGGCGCUCUCACCUUCUGCGGGCGGUUCUCAGCGACUUCUUUUCUCUCACGAUUUGGUGUCAGGUCGGUGUUAUGGCAUGGUCUGUUUCGGCCUAGUUAGAAUGAUACACGGCGAGGAGGAGUUUGAUUCAGACUCCGACCUCGACGAUGGCGGAGGUAGAGGCGGAGGUGGCGGCGGCGGAGGUGGCUGUAUCCCCUGUAGUUCCGACGUCGAGAGCGGUGCUGCGGACACCAAGGCUCUUCUGGGAAGGGGUUUUGUCCGUGUGCAGUGGUACCCAGAAGGAGGGAAACAAGACAUUCGGGAAACAAAGCUGAAACUUGUAGAUCGAUCCAUCGUUAUCCGAGACAUAGUGCGGCGGAUGAACUCCAAUGACAGCCAGUGUGGCAUUGUGACCAACGUGGACAUCGAGUGUGCCGUGAAACUGGUGGGGACCAACUGCGUGCUGUACCCUGUCAACAGUAAAGACCUACAACACAUCUGGUCCUUCAUGUAUGGAGACUACAUAGCUUACGACUUCUGGCUGGGGAAGGUGUAUGAUCUAACCAACCACAUCAUCUUGAAGUUAUCAAAUGGAGCCAGGUGUUCCAUGAACGUGGAGGACGGAGCCAAGCUGUACGACAUCUGUCCUCAUGUCAGUGACUCGGGUCUGUUCUUCGACGACGCCUAUGGCUUCUACCCGGGCCAGGUGCUGAUUGGGCCGGCCAAAGUCUUCUCCAACGUCCAGUGGCUCUCUGGCGUCAAGCCUGUCCUCAGCAAGAAGAGCAAGUUCAGAGUGGUGGUCGAAGAGGUCCAGGUGGUGGAGCUAAAGGUCACGUGGAUCACAAAGAGUUACUCCCCCAAGGGCUCGGAUAGCGUGUACCCUCCCCCCUCCACCAUCACACAGGAGAACCUGUGCAGGGUGAAGCGCCUGGGGUACUACGACCACACCCAGAGGCAGCUGGGGGAGAGGGCCCUCUAUGUGUUUCCAGCCAAGGGGGACGCCACGCACAUCACCUGCGAGGGGCCUGAUGGGGCCCCCGGGCUGCCUGAGGAUCCUGUGGCCAAAAAGUUAAAACGCAUGUUCAAGAAGGAGUUACUGGGACUGAAACCAAGUGAGAAUGCAGAGACGCCCACCGACAAGACGGACAGCCUUGAAGGUGACCACAAGCCCGACAACGCCCAGCCGGACCCCGCCGACCACACCGCCCGCCCUCAGAACCUCAACAAUGGUCCGUUGUCCCGGGGCGCCCCGUGCCCCCCCCCGCCGUGGCCCGAGCCCGGGGAGCAGGACGCGGACGACGAGGCCGGGGCCGAGGACACGGACGACACGGCGUCAAUGACGUCGUCGGCGAGUAGCACCGCCUCAUCUCAGAGCAGUGGCCUGGGGGGCCCGAACCGGAAGAAAAGCAUCCCGCUGUCCAUCCGAAACCUGAAGAGGAAGCACAAGAAGAAGAGGACCAAGUUCUCCCGCGAGUUCAAGCCCGGCGACAGGGUGGCGGUUGAGGUGGUGUCCACCAAGACCUCUGCUGAUGUCCUCUGGAAGGACGGUCGCAUGGAGACCCACAUCCGCUCCAACGACCUCAUCCCCAUCCAGCACCUGGAUAACUACGAGUUCUGUCCCGGGGACUUUGUCAUCGACAAGCGAUCCCAGGCAUCUCAGGACCCGGGGGUGUAUGGAGUCAUCCAGUCUGGAGACCACAAGGGCAGGACGUGUUCUGUGAAGUGGUACAGACUCAACGCCUCCGGCAACGACGUGGAGGUUGUAAGGGAGGAGGAGGAUGUCAGCGUGUACGACAUCGCCGAUCACCCAGACUUCCACUUCCGCACCACGGAUAUCGUCAUCAGGAUAGGGAACUCCGAGAACGGACGAAAUACGGAGUGUGAGAAUGAAGCCCAGACGUCGGUCGGCCAAGUGUCCAGAGUGGACAUGAGCAGCAAGGUAGAGGUGGUGUGGGCCGACAACUCCCUGACCAUCGUCCUGCCACAGGUACUCAUGCACCUGUACAACGUGGAGUCUGAGAUCGAGGAGACGGACUACGACUCGGUGGAGGAGAGCAGCAGUGGCUUGUCCACGGAGGAGUGGGAGGACGAGAGUGACAGCUGGGAGACCGACAACGGCCUGACGAUCAAUGAGGACGACCAGCACCCCGGCAACGAAGCCGACGGAACCCCGGCCCCGACCCCGACCGGUCCCGGCCCCUUCAUCAUCCCCCCGGAGGAUGGCAGCAAAGGAGGGCCCACGACCCCCACCAAACCCCCCAACUCUGCCGAGGACUUGGAGAGGGCUGGAGGGACCACCCCCGGGUCAGGAGGGGCCGACGCCGCCGAGAAGCUCCCGGGGAAAGAGGGCACUCCGCGGGGUUUCCGUGAGCUGAAGGAGGCCCUGAAAAUUCUGGAGAGCCUGAAGAACAUGACGGUGGAACAGCUGUGGACAGGCGGCUCGCCCACCUCGCCCACGUCGUGCGCGGAGCCAACAGCCAACGGGGCCAGCACCAACACCGCCAGUGCCACCGCCCCCGCCUUGCCCGAGAAGCCCACCAAGGAGAAGCGCUUCCUGGACGACAUCAAGAAGCUCCAGGAGAACCUGAGGAAGACCCUGGACAACGUGGCCAUCGUGGAGGAGGAGAAGAUGGAGGCGGUGGUGGAAGCUGGCGGUGGACCGGCCGCCGGAGGUACAGAGAGGGGGGAGAGGGGGGGCGACGAAAGGCCGCAGGAGGAAGCCAAGACGCCGGGUGCGGCGCCAGAGUGGCCCAGUGAUACGCCCGUGCUCUGCCAACAGAGCGGGGGCAAACCUGGCGUCACCUUCACCAGCGCCAAGGGUGAAGUGUUCUCAGUGCUGGAGUGUUCACCAGACACCCACACCUUUAAGAAGAUGGAGUUCCAGCCGGCCGAGGCCAAGAAGUUCUUUAGCACCGUGAGGAAGGAGAUGGCACUGCUGGCUACGUCCCUGCCUGAUGGCAUCAUGGUCAAAACCUUCGAGGACCGCAUGGACCUGUUCUCUGCCCUGAUCAAGGGGCCCACGCGCACCCCUUACGAGGACGGCCUGUUCUUCUUUGACAUCCAACUGCCAAAUAUCUACCCGUCAGUGCCACCUCUCUUUCGCUACCUGUCUCUGUGCAGCGGGCGCCUCAACCCGAACCUGUACGACAACGGCAAGGUCUGCGUCAGCCUGCUCGGCACGUGGCUCGGCAAGGGUACCGAAAGGUGGACCAGUAAGUCUAGCCUGCUGCAGGUGCUCAUCUCUAUCCAAGGCCUGAUCCUGGUCAACGAGCCGUACUACAACGAGGCUGGUUUUGACAGCGACCGUGGUUUGCAGGAGGGCUACGAGAACAGCCGCUGCUACAACGAGAUGGCUCUCAUCAAGAUGGUGCAGUCCAUGACCCAGCUGCUGCAGACACCCAUCCAGGUGUUCCAGCAAGAGAUCCAGCAGCAUUUUGUCUCCAAUGGUUGGCGCUUGGUCCACCGCCUGGAAGCCUGGCUGGAGCUCCACGAGCUGGCUGAGAGGGGUCCUCCAUCCAGACCCUCCCGGGAUAGGCCUCCCUCGGUGGAGCCCCUGGACGAGACUGUUCCCCUGGGUGCGGUGGCCCACAGCAGCCCCAACAAGCCCAGAGGGGCGGCGGACGAGGAGCUGGAGGACUCUGGCCUGGGCCACUCCACCAGUGCCGCGUCCCAGCAGGAGCUCAGCCACAACUCGGACUGCGAUGGGGCGGUCUCGGCCGGCGAGGGGGGCGGUGCCAGCACGCCAGUGGCGUCCGGGCCCGUACGGGGCGCUUCCUCAGACUCUGCCGGCGGCAGCCAGCCGGCGGUGCGACCAAAGAAGCGCAGGAAGAGCUACCGGAGCUUCCUGCCUGAGCGGAGCGGUUAUCCGGACAUUGGCUUCCCCCUAUUCCCGCUCUCCAAGGGGUUUGUGAAGAGCGUGCGUGGCAUGCUGACCCAGUACCGGGAUGCCUUGACCGCCGCCUCCAUCCCCGACAACACUGAAGACAAGUAAGCGGCAAGUGCCUCCCCCCAAAACCCCAAACCCUCAGCCCACCUUUAAAGUGCUGCACUGUGGCCCCAAUGAUCUACCAAAAUCGCCCUGGUACCCCCCCACCCCCGUUACGACAUCCGCCAAGUGUCGUCAUCGUCGUGUCGCGCCCCCCCCCCCCCCCCCCCCCCCAACAGCUGCCUAGGAUCUUCCAUCCAAUGCCCUCUUCUUCUCCCAGACCCCCAGAGAAGUAUGAUCGGCUUUGGGGUGUCAUGACAGAAACUUACCGGGUCAAUUCUCUUUUCCUCCAAAGUCUGGGUGGACUCAGAUUUCAGGGUGGGAGGAGAGGUCUUGUGGGGACUUAAGCCACUGUGAGAGCCCCCCCCCCCCCCGUCUCAUUAAUUGGACCUUCAGAGCACUCUGACACAAGGACAAGAGUAUCGACUGGAAAGCGGAGCCACUCGUGGAGCCUUCUAGGCCUUGGCUGAUGAGGAGGAGAGCAGGGAGGAGAGACUCACAAAAGCUGGCUGGAAAAAGAAAAGUGCCAUGGACUUCCUCUUGCAUCGCCCGAAGCUGCUGUCAGGCCUUGUGGAAUAACCUAAAGAGACUUUUGUGUCGCCACAAAAAUGGGAAUUAUUUGCACAUUGAAAUUGUACUUCCAGUCGUGUCAAUUAGAUGAAAAUAAUAAAAUAGGAGACACUGAUACAUUAGUCAUGGCAGGGUGACCCGGGCAGAUUUGCAAAGCUGGGAUUCCUCUGGAGAACUGCGUUUCCCAGCAUGCCAGGCUCCUUUGACUGCCACGCUCUGAAUCAGCAAACAAUCUCACCAGAGUUGGGCACCUUUUGACACGCCGAUGUGUACGGAGUUUAAAUAGUUCUUACUAGUUGUUUGCUUUUUGCCCUGCUCCUCUCGCUCUCUCUACAGACCCAAACACACGUGCACACAGACACACACACUAUAUCUGAAUGUUUUAAAAUGCCCAUCUACAAGCGCUUCAUGUUGCCCCCUCUGCUUGUUCCUUCGCCAAUCGCUGGCACCAAAACACUUGGUUGCAGAAACACUUGAGUGUCUAGUUUACAUAAAAACCUAUGGAAGUCGACCUGCUGUAGCUCCCACAGUCCCAGCGGUAUGACCUAUGAACAUGGAAUACACCCAGGUUCCAGUCAACAUUGCGGUAGGCUAAGGGGCUUUUUCACGUUCUAGUCAUUCUAUUUAUAUUGCAGUCACCUGGUUUUCUGCAUUUACGUAGGAAACUAAGAAGUACGGUCAAAUUAGCUGAAAUAACUUAAACUGUUCGAUUUGAAACAGUCUUCAACUCUUUCCGUUUGAAGACUAGAUAAUUUCAGUUGUGCUGGCAUCAACAUAGAACCAAUGUUCCGGUUAUAUCAGCCAGUUCCGUCUGAACACCCAACUUGAAAAUCCUAACUCACAGAAAUGAUCAAAGGGUAACAAUGUAUUUCUUUUUUUGCGGCUUUAAAUUAUCUUUGACCUCCGCAGUCACAAAAUAGUCCUCCUGAGCGAUCCAACAAUUACUCUUCCCCUCGCCAAUGCAGUAAAACAUUGCAACUGACACGAGUAUCCAUUCCAUCCUCAUUACUCGAGUCCUGUCUCAUCUUGACAUGUUGCCUUACUAGAACUGUUCUUAUAUUAUCAGACCGUAUGUACAGAAAUCCUCCUCAGCCCUGCUUUAGCCAAUACAUUGACCAUACUCAAGAGGUUGGCUGUCCAACUUCAGGUCUGGGGUCGUGUUUCCCCCCCAGACUUAAUUGUGAUCAUUUAGCUGAUGGGAAAAAUUAAAACAACAAACAAGUGAAAUAGUGAAGUUGCCCACAGCUUCAGCCAUUGUUUUCCAGUGUUAUACUGAAACUUUGUUUGUUCAGUGAUUUGAGAUUAUUAAAGUCUGCAGAACAGUUAUAGUAUUUCUUUUUUUGUAUCCUUUUUCUUCUUGCUCUUUCCUGAACCACAAUGGAGCGUGACUGUUGGUCCUUAUAAAGUAGCACUAUAUUCCUUUAAUGUUUCCAGUUUAAAGGGGAAAUCAGGCACUUUUGGCAACAUGGCCGCAGCCAAGGUCAUGAUUGAACUUUGUGAUGUUCAUCUUCAGGAUUUAAACUUUGUGAUACUGCUUUUAUGUUUCAUAGUUGCUUGGAUUGCGUAAAAUUGGUCAGUGUUUUAUUUAUUACCGCAGGGAGUUAUUCUCUUUAUGGCCACCAGGGGUCAGUGGUUCCAUUCAUUGUGUGCUCCCAUGAAAGACAUAACCUGGUCCCCAGAACGGGUUUCAGUGAACUCCCUUGGCAAGCAGCUGACUAAAACACACAGAUCUUGGAUCAGUUUAUAAAUAGUGUGUCUAAGUGCUGAAAUUUCCUGGUUUUAAUAUAGCCUGGGACAAGAUCUUUGUGAUGUCUCGCAAACUUGGCAAAACUGCAUAAACAGAUCUGGACCAGGGCUACUUCUAGUGCUUCCUGGGUUAUAUGAACAGUCUUUGUUUACAUCCACAAAAUCCCAUCUGGAAUAUAUCAUCAUUAUAUGCUUGUGCUUUCUGCUAGGUAUGAUAGGGUUGGUCAUUCCCCUUGUGUUAACUUGAGAACUAAGUAUGUUUGUUAAUCUUUUUACUCAAAAGAAGCUAAAUGCUUAGUGUUCCUGAGUGCGAGACCAUACAAUGUGCCAUUGUGAAUAGGUUAAGCAUGCAAAAAGAAGAUUAAUAUAAACAUUUUUUUGUUUUUGUUUCCUUUUUCUCUAAGUCACAUUCCUGUACCAGGUGUGGCAAACAGGCUUCCAUCACUUAUGUUCCUCCUUGACUUUCCCCUAUACUUCUCCCAUGCUGCCUGUACACUUAGCCCUGGAGGAUGUCCCUCUGCUCUCCCAUGAUGCCUGUACACUUAGCCCUGGAGGAUGUCCCUCUGCUCUCCCAUGAUGCCUGUACACUUAGCCCUUGAGGAUGUCCCUCUGCUCUCCCAUGUCAGGCUGCAGUAUGCGUAGCAUUGCAACCUUUUCCUGUGUCCACAUCCUCAGAUCAGUCAUUCCCUUUGGUUUUUCCACAACUGAAAAAUAAUAUACAAAAAAUGUGAAGCUAGUUCUAAAAAAAAAAAAAAAAAAAAAGGAGAAAAAAAAGCACGGAGGAAAUCAAGCACACGGCUCUGUAAUAUUUUCUGUGUAUUGUGUAUAUCAUUCAGAGUUAAUCAUUACUGCGAGAGAUUUCCAGCCAAAGCAUGUAACAUGUUGCUUUAAGCCUAGAAUGGCUACACACGGCAUACAUUUCCACAGUGGCCUGUAUUGGUAAACUAAUAAACUUAUGAUUUGUAUCCUUAAUGCCUCUGUACAGAAGUCAUGACUACAAUAUAAAUAUAUAAAUACAUACAUAUAUUUAACAGAAACUGUGGAUCUAUACAUGGUCAUGUGAAUGCUUGGGGCAUAUGUAUACAUUUGCUGAGUGUGUAUUAGUAUUUUUUUUUCCUUUUUGUUUAUUUGUAAUUGUUUUUUUACAACUCAUUUUGUUGCAUUAAUACAACUGUAUGAAGUGAUACAUUAAAAUUUGCAACCAGUACCAUGGUAA